CCCUUUUUCCUACGAUGUUUCAUAUGUUGACAGUUGAAGAGCAACCCCUUUGCUUUUUGUGUCUGUCUUUACUUGGCGUAUGUAUAUAAAGAGUGAGCUUUCGCUGGUUGCUGAGCAAUUGCGCACAGCUCUCCGCAGAAGUCUUUCCUGGUAAAAGAAAAGAUAAGGAGAAGAUGGUGAGGCCGCCUUAUGUUGACAGCAAUGGGCUGAAGAAAGGUGCUUGGAGUGACGAUGAGGACAACAAGUUGAGGGCUUAUGUUCAGAGAUAUGGCCACUGGAACUGGCGAUUGCUUCCCAAGUAUGCUGGUCUGGCAAGAUGUGGGAAGAGUUGCAGACUGCGGUGGGUGAACUAUUUGAAGCCCGGUGUCAAAAGAGGGAACUUCAGCAAAGAGGAAGAGGCUCUCGUCGUCAAACUGCAUAACCAACUCGGAAAUAAGUGGUCAGCCAUAGCAGCAAAUUUGCCCGGAAGAACUGACAAUGAAAUCAAGAAUUUCUGGCACACGCGCAUAGAGAGACGCCGCAACGGAAAUCCAGCACACAAGAAAGCUAAAGGGCACACUGCUGCUGACAAACCAUCUUCCAAAGCCCAGGUCUUGACCCAAGACAAGCCUUCUGAACUUACCCUUUCUGAAACAUUAACCCUAAACGAAUCGGCUUCUUCCGAUUCUCUCAUAAACCUUCAAAACUCAACACUAUCCGUUGACACUAACAGUACCUCAGGUUCAGCAUCAGAAUCCCAAGUGGAUUGCUGGGCUGAUACAUUUCUGGGAAGUACAGAUUACAGCCAAGAGGGUUGUUUCCAACCACUGCCAGAGGAAGAGUUUCUUAUCCAUUCCGAAUUAUCAACCUCCGAGUCCUCUUACCCGAGUGCUCUCUGCUGGAAUGCAGACGAUGAUCUUAGCAUCAUGUCGCCGGAUUUCUGGGGUGGAUCCUUUGUGUCGAACACUUCAAACUCUGAGAGUGAAACUAGUUACAUUUCGACACAGGAAAUGGGAGGGUUUUAUGAUCCGUUCCUUGAGUACAUUCAUCAUCAGCUGCCAUGAAUUGAACUUGUUAGGAUAUGACAUAUAUAGAGAUGUUGGACGGUGUCUUUGUGUUCUAUAUACUGUCUGCACCAUAAUUAUCAUAUGAGAUGCGAUGCUCAAACUUUUUGUGUAUAUAUGUGAGUGUGGUUUAGUCGCGAAAUAAUGAACCUGUUUUGUUGUCU